AUGGAGUUCUCAUCGCCGGCCACUGGCCGCCGCUUUCUGGAUGACGAUGAUGACCACCAAAGCGUCAUCAUGGAAUCACCAUACUUUACACAGCCCACUCAGAUCAUUGAAAAACCGACCGCAAAGCCACAGCCCUCUGUGACAAUUUCUUCGCCAAGUUCUGUUGUCGAAGUUCCCGCUUCCUCACCCUUUCGUCCCUCUACCACACCGCAACACAGAAAUCGUUCAGCAAACUUGAUGGCUUCAAAUCCCACGUCUCAGCUUCACGCGCAAAAGCCCUUUACAAUCUCUAAAACUUCUCAUAAACGAGAGUUUGUCAUGAUAUCUGAUGGUGAGCUGGAUGCUCCCAUCUAUGCUGGAGAUGACUCGUCCGAUGAUGAUGAGCGGUUGGCGACUCGAGCCGAUAUUCGCCCUUCUUCGUUCGAAAGGAAGCAGCCAGCUACAACUAAUAUUACUGCAUACAGAGCUCAGGCCGAAGAUAAACAGAGCCCAGCGCAGGGCAAGCCCGGCACCUCAGCUUCCAAUGGAACUUCCAAGCAAUAUGUGUUGCAGAAUGACUGGGUUUCAGUCUCUUCUGAUUCUUCAGAUGAGCUCGAGCACCUGUGCCCAGCAAAACCACCGCAGCAAACCAUCCGGCGGCGUCUUGUUCGAGGUUGUCGUCCUCGUGUCUCGAGUCCGGACGGUCCUCAAGUUAAUCCUGGCAAAUUAUCUGCAGCUCGUGUUAAGGUCAUCGAUCUCGUUAGUGAUGACGACCACGAUAACGACGACGAAGAGGACAACUACCAACCUGGCAAAGACUCCCAUCACCACUCAGGCUUUGAAGAGAAUGAAGAACAGGAACUAAAUGAUCGCGUGCUGGCUUAUCUCAAUUCUUGUGAUGCGAUUGGUCUCAUGGCUAUUGCCAACAUUAAAGAGGCGAGUGCGAAGGCCAUGGUGUCGCGGCAGCCCUUUCAUGACCUCUCCGAGGCACAGGCCGUCGCAAUGGCCCAGAAAAAGCGGGGCAAGAAGUCAGCCAAAGUUGUCAUUGGUGAGGAUAUCGUCUACGCCGUCAAGUCCUAUGCACGUGCGUUGGACUCUAUCGAUCGUGUCAUCGCAGUUUGCGAGGAUAACGCCAAAAAGAUCAAGUCUGUGACUUCGAAGUGGAAUAUCGAUCAGACGGGCCAAUGCCGCGAGGAAUUCAAGAACGCCGACGACAAGAUUCUCACUCCGCACAGCGCUGAAGGCUCGACGAGGUUGAUGGAUGUCCCGCUGCGUCAGCCAAAGCUCAUGACGGGCUGUGUCAUGAAGCCCUUUCAGAUAUACGGACUCAAUUGGCUGUAUCUUCUGUAUAAGAAUCAGCAUGGCGCCAUCCUUGCUGACGACAUGGGUCUUGGCAAGACAUGUCAGGUCAUCUCUUUGAUGUGCUCCAUUGUUGAGCAGUGGGAGAGGACCGGCGGCGAGAGUGGUCCUCGUCCCUGGCCGAAUCUUAUCAUCGUUCCACCUUCAACGUUGGAAAACUGGGAGAACGAAUUCAAGAAAUUUGCCCCGAAGCUGCGAGUCACCAAAUACCAAGGCAGUCAGGCAGCCAGAGAUGAUAUAUUGGAUGAAAUCUUGGAUGACCCCUCGAAUCACCAUGUCAUCUUGACUUCUUACUCUCAGCUUACUCGGGAAAAGGAGCUGAAAGACCUUGCCAAAUGCCACCCGAAAGUCGCAGUCUUCGAUGAAGGUCACAAGAUGAAGAACCCAAACUCACAGUUCUACAAGCGACUGCUCAAGUUCAAGAAUUCGUGGCGUCUGGUCUUGUCUGGAACUCCAGUCCAGAACAACCUGAUGGAAAUGAUUGCGCUGCUCAGGUUUGUGUCACCAAACCUUUUCACGGCCCACUUCGAGACUCUGGAGGAGCUGUUCUCUCAAAAGUUCUCUCUCGCCGAUGUGUCUAAGGGGGCGCUCCUUCGUAGCGAGCGAGUCGACCGCGCUCGAACGAUCUUGGAGCCGUUCAUUUUGCAACGGCGGAAAGAACAGGUCUUGAAGGAUCUCCCGCCUAAACUCACCAGGAUUAUUAAAUGUCAGAUGGAUCCUGUCCAAGCAGCUCUGUACAAGGAAUACGAGCGUCGGUUUAAGAAGUCAGGCGUUCAAAAUUCUUUGCCUUCCGACAACAACAUCUGGAUGCAACUGCGCAAAGCCGCCAUCCACCCACAGCUUUUCCGCAGGUUCUACAAAGAUAAGGAUAUUGAAAAGAUGGCCAGCAUUCUCUUCAAAAAAGUCCCUCAACGUGACCUCAAACAGCCCAAACUGGAACAUCUCGUCAACGAAUUGAAGGCCCUGUCAGACUUCGAGCUGCAUCUUUGGUGCAGAGAUUAUUCAUGUAUCAAGAACUUCGAUCUUCCGAAGGGCUCUUGGUUGGACUGUGCGAAGGUCAGGGAGCUUUUGAAGCUCAUCCGGGGGUACAUGGCCAAUGGAGAUCGAGCACUGGUUUUUACACGUUUUGCCAAGGUCCUUGAGAUUCUUUCUGAAUGUCUUGCAGACGAGAACAUCCCUUACUUGGCUUUGCAAGGCAACACCAGCGUGGACGAGCGACAGGAUAUGAUUAACGAGUUCAAUUCAAACGAAAACAUUCCGGUGUUCCUCCUCACCACUGGCUCAGGAGGCACAGGUGUUAACCUGGCGUCUGCAAACAAGGUUAUUCUUUUCGAUCUUUCUGAUAAUCCACAGGAUGAUAUUCAGGCUGAGAAUAGGGCCCAUCGCCUUGGCCAGACACGGCCAGUCGAAGUUAUCAGGCUCAUCAGCGAGGGUACCAUCGAAGAACUUGUGCACAAGGCGUGCGAGAAGAAGCUCGAACUAGCCAACAAGGUCACAGGUUGGACCGACGUCUCGAUGACUUCCGAGGAAAUGGAGAAGAUCGUUAAGCAAUCGUUGCUUUCGGGUGAAGGUGUUGCUACUCCUCUCUCCAACGACUAA